GGCGCAGAGCGAGGGCUCGAGGGUGGAUCGGCAGGGCAGAGGCGGGCAGCGCACAGCAAGACGGCAUCCAGACAAAGCCCUCAAGAAGGCCGAGUUCAAGUGGGAGAAGACCGGCAGGAAUCCUGAGCAGCGACCAACUUUCCUCGGCAUGUAUGGGAAGUUCGAGGACGAGAUCGAGUUCUACCAGGCCCAGAUAUCCAGCCUGGAGGAGCGGGCGUCUGCGGAGCGAGCUCGCAUCAACGACGCGUUUGCAUCCGGCACCGACGACGUCCGCGGGACCAGCGGCUUCGUCACCUUCCGGACGAGCCGCGACGCCGUGCUCGCCCUGCAGGUGCGCUACCGGGAGGACCGGGAGGUCUUCGUCACGUCUGUCCCGCCCGAUCCCGCGGACGUCAUAUGGUCCGACUUGCAGGCCGAUCCUGUCAAGCAGAAGACGAAGACCAUGCUGGGUACCGUUGCUGUCUUCGGACUGUUCUGCGGCUUCAUGCCGCUCGUGAUCCUGCUUUCCGCCGUGACCGACCUGCACAAUCUCCAGGAGCACAUCGGCCUCGUCAAGUCGAUUUGCGAGCGGUGGCCAGUUGUGGCCAGUGUCCUGGACGGCGUGUUCAGCUCGCUGGCUCUGAACGUGCUCAUGGACCUCUUGCCGACGAUCUUGAUGAUGAUCUUCCAGAACUUCUUCCAGCUCAAGUCCGAGGCCUGGGGGCAGCACCGGCUGCAGAUCUGCUUUUUCUGGUUCUUGCUCAUCUUCGUUGUGCUCAUCACUGCUGUUGGCAGCUCGCUGACGGCUGUGAUGAAGGAUGUCAUCCAGAAUCCGAUGAGCCUCUUCUCGCUCCUGGCCCAGACGCUGCCCCAGGCUACCCACUUCUACCUGAACUUCAUGGUGCUGCAGUCGGCGACCCACGGGGUCAAGCUGCUCAGGCAGAUGCCCCUGUUGAAGUUCCUCUUCUUCCGCACGGUGUACGGGGAGGCGGAGGCCAAGGAGCUGGCCGAGCCCGAGGACCAGGACGGCUCCGGCAUCGGCAGCCGGAGCGCGUGGUUCUCCAUCCUGCUGGUGACAGCCCUGGUCUUCUGCAGCCUCUCGCCGUUGAUGACCGUCUUCGCAUAUGUGAACUUCUUCCUGUGCCGGCUCGCCCACUCGUACCUGAUUGUGUUCGCCGAGACCAAAAAGGCCGACCUGGGGGGUGUCUUCUGGGUCUCGCAGCUCGAGCACGUGCAGUACGGCGUCGUCGUGUACGUGUUCCUGAUGAUCGGGGUUCUCGCCAGCCGUGCAUCGACGCUUGGUCCGUGUACAGUUGCCGCGCCCUCGCUUGCCGUCUGGUUGUUCAUCCGCCUGAAGUUCAGCCGCUCGAUGUGUUGGGUGGACCUUCCAUUCGAGGAGGUGGUCAUGGCAGGCAGCGUGGACACGCAGCCCAAGGAGGAGGACUCCUCCUGCGACCGCUACCGGCAGCCCGAGCUCUUCGAUGCGACGAGCAGUCCGAACGGCGACGCGUCGAAGGGGUCUCGUUGGCGCCGUUGGCACAAGGUUGUUCUGAGAAGAGAGGCAGUUCUAGCGGGUUGCCGACGAUUCAUGCAGGUGGCGUGGCCGGGCAAGUGGUCGAGGUGGCGCUGACCGCAGAGGAGGAGCCCCAGACAGCGGACGCGAGGGCACAACGGCAUCCGCAGCCACCUCGAGACCGGGUGAGCGCCGCCCGCCUGCCGGAGCGAGCCAGUUGUGGCGCUGGCGGGCUCAGGCCUUGCAUGUGCAUGCGCGCCGGCCGCGAGGCCGCAGGGGCGGCAGGGGAGGGGGCGAGGA